AUGUACAAACUCAGUAUCUUACUCGUAAGCCUUUGUUUAGGUUUAUCUUUUGCCAGCCGAAAGUGUCCAUUUUUAGCGAAUGGGCAGCAACGUAUCGCUGGAGGAACCGAUGCAGCUGACGGUCAGUUCCCGUAUCAGGUGUCUCUGCGGGACCAACAGUUGACACACUUCUGCGGUGGAGCGAUCAUUAACAAUCGCUGGGUUAUUACGGCGGCCUCGUGUGCUGUUGAGAGAGAACCGUCUAAUGUGUUGGUUUUGACUGGAACCCAGCGCUUGUCCACUGGUGGAACCAAUCACCAAGCUGAUAGGAUCAUAGUGCAUCCCUUCUUCAAUAUAUUGACGCUUGAGAAUGAUGUCGCAGUGAUCCGGGUUCGAACACCCAUCAUGCUAACUGGCGAUACCGCCGCUAUUUCAAUGGCUAGCACCUACUUAUCGAUUGGAUACGGAGCUUUUAUUUCCGGAUGGGGCCGACGAGCAAUCGACCAACCAGCUUUUCCGGAUUGGCUGCAGUAUAUUACGACGACGAUCAUCACUCACACGGAAUGCCAAGCUCGGUUUGAAUCACCGUACGAUGAUCGGAUUGUAACCAGUGUGCUGUGCACAUCCAAUCCUCCGGGAGAAGGUGCCUGCCUGGGUGAUGCCGGAUCGCCGUUGGUUUACAACGGAGAACUGCACGGCGUUGUGUCGUGGAGCAUUCCCUGUGGAAUGGGCCAUCCGGAUGUACAUUCUCGGGUCACCAGCCACAGGGCGUGGGUAAUGGUGCACACGAUGGUUUGA